UAUGAGUAUGCAUGUAGGUUUAUGGUGGAUGGUAUUGGAUCGUACGAGGAUACAGAUAUGUAUAUGGAAUGUGAUAUUCCUAGACAUGUGAAGGGGCCUGACAAUAUUGAAGAUGAUGAUGAUGAUGAUGAUGAUGAUAAUGAAGAUGAUGAAGAGGAAGAAGAUGACGAUGAUGAAUAUGCCGAGGAUUAUGAUGGGGAAAGAGAAGAGGAGGAGAAGCCUGAAAAGAAGGUGACAUUUGUUUUCCCUGCUUCUACAACUAUUUUCCUUGCCGCACAGAUUCCUCUACCCUAAAAAUUGAAAAGGGUCCUCUUCUUUAUCUUUCAGCUCUAUUCACUGGUGAUUUCUAUCUCCAUUUUACCUUUCCUCUCCUUCAAUUUACUCUUCCAGAUUUUUCCUUAUUUCGUAUCAAUAACAACAGGAGAUGGAACUAAAAUACAAAAAAAAAAAGUAUCAUUUUUGGAAGUCUAAACUUUGUUGUUCUAGAAGGUUCUGAGGAUACUUAUGUGCAGAUUCAGGUGCAGCAUCGUAGUGUGGAGUCCAUACCUUGUAGAUAAACAUAGCAAAAAUGGUUGAAUUUUGUUUGUUGAUUAUUGUUAAAGUCAACAAAUGUUGCAACAAAAUUCAAAGCUCACCAUUUCUUUUUUCAACUAAAAUCUUAGCAAGAUUUCUACAUAGGUGAAAAUGUUGAAAUCUUGUGUUUCUUGUGAUGUCAUUGGUGACAUCAUUAGGAGUAGAUUUUCCUAUAAAUAGAGAGCUCUUGCUCAUU